AUGUGCAUAGUCGCAAGGCAAGCCAAUGCUCAGGCAGCAAAGGUUGAUAUCAAUUUCACCCUUCAGCAAUAUCUCGCUGGUAGCUCAAAGCCUUCUAAACUUGCCAUUCUGUCAUCACAAGUUAUGUUUGCUACUGUGGACCAGGCCACUACUGCGUUUGAACAAUUGGCUUUGAAGGCAAAAGGCUUAUAUGAGAGUACUCUGACACUUUCAGGGCUUUUGGAGGCAUCUCUUGAUCUCAUGUUUGACUGGAUAAAAUAUUGCAUGGUACUCAAUAACACUGUUGUCAAUUUGGUCGAGGAACAUAAGUAUCUAGUGGAGGCAACUAUGGACAGUCUCUAUGGAUGCAUUGGCAAAGACCCCAAGAAUCACUCUUUGAGUGUUCCUGUAUGUUCCCGACAAGCAAGCUCUCAUCAGAAGCGAAAAAGAUCUCUUACAGCAUUGCCUGAAUGUCCACAACCUGCUAAGCACUAUCAAAGCUUAUACUGGUCCAGAAGGUCUGCUACUGCACCUGUGCUCAAGUAUGAAACCUUUGAAAUGAAGCAGGCAGUGUGCUCUGAUUAUCUUGGCCAGGGACUGACAAAGUUUGUGUCUCAGGGUUGUUAUAGAGGUACUGACUGUGCUAUCCUCCAAUACAAACACAUUCAUUUGAGUAAGACUGACAAUACAACAGAUUUGCAGGGCAAAUUUGAAACUCUUUAUCUGGUUUCUACUGACGAGCAGGGGACAAUGAUGUCCAUAAUCUUCCUAGCUGCACAGUCUCACAUUUCUGGAGAGUCGGGGAAUUGCCCACCUCCUCGGCGUGGGACACAUUCCACCACCACCUUGCCUCCAAGUCAUUACCAUAAUACUGCAGAUAUGCCCAUGGUGAUGCAAACGGCACAUGCAAGUCCCGAUAUUUCAGUUACAGCUGUGUUGCUUUGCCAACCUGACACAGAGAGCCGCUUGGGCGAAAAAUGGGCACAUGGCACACAGGUUCUGCAUGUUAAUAUUAUUGAGGAGUCUGAAGCUUCAGACACUGACUCUAUCACGGAUACCGAAGAUAGCCAAACCAACGGGAAUUUCUAUGUGGUACGGCUAGGCCGUCGCCCGGGUGUAUACAGCAUGUGGAUAGAAGCUGUCCAGCAAAUUGAUGACGUCCCAGGAGCCAUGUCUAAAUACCAGACUAAGCGCGAGGCAAUAGCAGAUUAUAGGGGCUUUAAAUACGGCAGAGGCCUCCAUGAUCCAUCUGUUGCACUGAUGAGGAAACACGAGUAG